UAGUUAGUUCGCUGUGGGUAAAAUGGCGGCGAUGACGGAGAGCAGAGGUCUUGUUAUUAGUCUGGCAGCGUUGCAGCGGCAGGAUCCCUACAUCUUCCACAUUGUGGACGUGGCCAGCCAGGUAGCACUGUACACCUUCAGUCAGAGAGACAACGAAUGGGAAAAAACUGAUGUCGAAGGGACCUUAUUUGUUUAUGCAAGAUCUGCUUCCCCCAGGCACGGCUUCACCAUCAUGAACAGAUUGAAUGUGGAAAACCGGACUGAACCAAUCACCAAGGACUUGGACUUCCAGUUACAAGAUCCUUUUCUACUCUACAGAAAUGCACAAUUUUCAAUCUAUGGGAUCUGGUUCUAUGAUAAGGCGGAAUGUCAAAGGAUUACAGACCUUAUGAAGAAUUUAACUCAGCUGGAGCAGUUGAAAGCCCAACAGGGAGUUGAAUCACCAAACUGUGGUGAUAGCAAAGCAGUUGAUAUUGUACAGAUGUUGUUCAAAGCUGAACACGAAUAUAACAAGGUCAAACAAUCCACUGAGCCAAAACAAAUAACUAGUUCCAGUCUGGUUCCUGACAAUUCAAACCUGAUCAAACCUAUUCCCAUUAAAUUAACUGAUGUUGGAACAGAUAUCCAUUAUCAUCAAUUACAGAAACAAGACGAGAUUACAGAAGUGGGAGCUAAUCAGUUGAAUUUGGUGGCUCCAUCUGGUGCACAAGAACAAUCUUCUUCAAAGGAUAUUUCAAUUGAUAUACAGGAAUCAAAGAAUAAAGUUUCCAAUCGACCAGCUGUGGUGCGUUCUCUGUCUUAUGAGGAGCCUCGGAGACUGCCGAAACAUGACAUUUCACAAUCUGUUAAAAAACAAUUUUGUCCGGCUGUUCAGAAACUGAUGAGUCGUGGGACUGAUCUUCAACCCGUGUCAGAGUUGCCAGAAAAUUGUCUCUGUGAAAAUCAAACUGUAAAAAGUGUGGAAGAACCAUUAAUAAGUCCAUUCCAACCACACCCUUUGAUAGGAAAUGUUUUCUCACAGCAAAACUCUUUAAAUGAAGCAGGUCCUUUAUUCUCCACGGGAACUUGUCAUUUAUUUCAAAAGCUGCACGGUACCCAGAGACAAGUUCCUUCAUCAUGCCCUGCUACAAAACAGUCAGAAAUGUUAUUAUGCGAGCCUCAGAAUGGAUCUCGAACACAGCCUAUUCCUCUUCGACAUCCGACCCAUCACACCUCCAGCCUCCAAGUACAAUCUAAAGUAUUGACAUCGGAACAAACCAAGAGAACAUCUGCAUUAAACAGCUGUAGUGGUCAGGCCUCUGGUAUCAUAUCUCCUCGUGAGUUACUUCAGAAGCUGCAGGUAGUCCAACAGGAAGAACACCAUCAUGCUGGGAAAUUGACUCUAGCAGCUAGAUUUUCUGCUCAGCAACUACCUAUGCUCAACCUUCCUAAAUGCUCUUUGAAACAGUUUGAUUCUCAAACAGAAAGUACCGUUUUUUCAGAGAAUCACAAUCUUUUUCAGGUAGUUUCACCACAACGCAUUCCGGCAACGGUGGUGCCAUCGCUACUGAUGUCACCCAUGGUGUUCUCCCAGUCUGCCAUGGGCAAGCAAAUGAUUGAUGCCAAUGCCAUGCCUCUGCCACAGGGUGAUGCUAAACCAGCACCAAAACCACAGCGCAGCUCUCUGCAUCCGCCAGUACCGACUGCAGAGCAAACAAGUAAAGCGCAAAAUGUGCUUACCAAGAUUCAAUUACAAACAACGCUUUUAUUCCUGUUAAAGAAUGAUCCCAAUUUUGUGAAUUUCAUUUAUGAAACUUAUCUCAUGAGCCAGACAAAUACUGCAGCAGAGAAGUAAAUCCAAAAAAAAUUGGUUACAAGAUGAAAAUGUUGAUAUAUUUUGGUGAAGAUAAUCAGAUGGUACAUUACUAAAGAAGUUAUUGCUAUUUUUUUAAGAGUUUUAUUUUUGAAACUUAGCUUUGCAUUGAGUUCCUGAAAGUACUACUUUUCACACUUGAUAACAUUUACUGCUGACAAAGCUUAUUUUAAACUAUGAUUAAUGAUAAUUUAAAGAGGAAUUAAUAUUUCCCAAAGAACCAUGUUCAACUGAAGACCACCGUUUGUGGAAAAUUAAUGUUGUAUUUUUUCAUGGAACAAAUAAAAUGUCAUUGUGCCAGCAGAGAACACGUA